GCCUGCGUCGGGCUGGAGGUGUGUGCCCGGCGCGCACACGUGUCUGGAGCCCGGGCGUGGGCGUGGGCGUGGGUUGUGCGGGCACGUGUCGUGGGAGUGGCCCCGGGCGCGGCAGCUCCGCGGACGCCCGGUUGCUGUGACAUUUGUCACCUGGAGCCCACCUUCCUCCCAGCACCAGGAGGGAACCUAAGAAGUUUAACGUGGCUGGGACUGAGCAGAUUAAGGGAGUGGAGCAGCGGCUGGCCGGCGAGGGCGGGGACUGCAGGUGCUGCGGGCAUGGGGAGCCAGCCGUUUGCAUUUGAGAAAGACGGGCGUAACAAAGGUGGCCCCGAAAUGUCUCCGGAGCCGGCCUGGGCAGGGAGGAGCCCUGAGUGAGUGGCGCUGGGCUGAGCUCGGACAGUCUGUUGACGAGAGGGAUGCUGGCAGUUAGGAAAGCGAGGAGGAAACUCAGGAUGGGGACUCUCUGCUCCCCGAACCCCAGCGGGACAAAGACAUCAUCGGAGGUCUGCAAUGCCGACUGGAUGGCCUCGCUUCCCUCUCACCUCCACAACGUCCCCCUUUCCAAUCUGGCAAUACCAGGCUCCCACGACUCAUUCAGCUACUGGGUAGAUGAAAAGUCUCCGGUGGGGCCUGACCAAACCCCAGCUAUCAAACGCCUCGCCAGGAUCUCCUUGGUGAAGAAGCUGAUGAAGAAAUGGUCAGUGACGCAGAACCUGACAUUUCGAGAGCAGCUGGAAGCUGGGAUCCGCUACUUUGACCUGCGUGUGUCCUCCAAGCCUGGGGACGCCGACCAGGAGAUCUACUUCAUCCAUGGGCUUUUUGGCAUCAAGGUCUGGGAUGGGCUGAUGGAGAUUGACUCAUUUCUGACACAGCACCCCCAAGAGAUUAUCUUCCUGGAUUUCAACCACUUCUAUGCCAUGGAUGAGGCCCAUCACAGACGCUUGGUUUUCAGGAUCCAUGAGGCUUUUGGAAAGAAGCUGUGCCUGGCCUGCAGUGUAGAGAGUGUAACGCUGCAAACCCUGUGGGAGAAGAAGUGCCAGGUUCUUAUUUUCUACCACUGUCCCUUCUACAAGCAAUACCCCUUCCUGUGGCCAGGAAAGAAAAUUCCAGCACCCUGGGCAAAUACCACAAGUGUGCGCAAGCUAAUUCUCUUCUUGGAGACCACUCUCAGUGAGCGGGCCCCACGUGGCACCUUCCAUGUCUCUCAAGCUAUUCUCACCCCCAGAGUGAAGACCAUCGCCAGAGGCCUAGUGGGUGGCCUCAAGAACACUCUGGUUCAUAGGAAUCUUCCUGCCAUCCUGGAUUGGGCGAAAACUCAAAAACCUGGAGCCAUGGGUGUCAACAUCAUCACAUCUGACUUCGUGGACCUGGUGGACUUUGCCACGACCGUCAUUGAGUUGAACGACCUCCUCCAGGAGGACAAAGCUUUGGCUAAAUGCUGACCUAAAUUUUUAUUUAACUUGAUGUUGAAUUAUUGAUCCAGGGUAGAGUUCUGAAGGGUUCCGUGUUAGGAUGGUCUUUGGGCAGUGAUGGUGCAGUGAUGAAGAGGAGGAAGGCAUUUUUUCCUUCCUCACAGGACUGUCUGGGUAAAAUUACAGGGCUUUUAAUUGCAUUUUUCCCAAAUGAGACUUUUUAAAAACUUAAGUCGCAGGGAAACAAGUCUGUUUCAUGUGAUCAAGGAUCUCCACAAUUACUUACAAUGGUGAAUGGAAUAUGGAAACAGGGCUCCCAGUUCCACCGGGGUAUUGAGUGCCCCCAAAUUGGCCUGUUUCCCUAUUGUCUUCCAGGUAGUUGUUUGAGCCGGGGAUAGGGCUGAUGGCAGAAAUUCAUUCCUGAUCCAAAGAAUGGAUCGUUCCAGGUGUGGGCUGCCCCAUGGGGCAGCUGUAACACCAACCUGGGCUGCUGCUGUGAGGAAGAGGCUCAGCAGUGUUCUCUCUAGAAAUGUUGAAUGUCACCACUUCUUCCCUGAGAGAGAACGACUUACUUAUCACCAAGUUGUUUCAGCUACAAGCUAUUCAGGCAUAGCUUGGGCUGGUGCCUGGUCACCUGAUUUCUUCAGAUUGUAAACAGUGAAUACUGCCCUUGAGGUCAGAAUUUUGCCUCCCAGUUUUAAAACAUUGAUUCCUUUCCCUUUCUUUUGGCCCCUUGUUAAAAGUGAAAAGAACAGUGACGGGAGAUCUUUUCAGUUGUGGGGCCAACAGAAGACAGACGUAAAUGCCUGUUGCAUGCCUGAUUCCUUCGAUUUAAUUCUGUAGCCUUCUCCAAAAGGGCUGCCAGGCAAGCACCUGAAUUAUCUUGGCAGUGUCCUCCUUGGAGUGGCAUCUUCCAGCUAGAUCUCGGAAUUGCGUUUUGUUGUCUGCCUAGGACUUGGGUCUACUCUGGGGACACAAUGCUAAGCGAAGGGCACCUUGUCCAUGAUACCAUGGAGGCAGACGCCAGAUAUGUGGGGAAGUGCAGUGGCUUUAAAGGAGGCAGCUCUGAGUGGGUUUGGAGCCAUUCUGCAACUCUCUGGAAACAAGACUACCUCGGGAACAUUUAGGAUGACUCGUGGUCAUCAAGGGUCAACACCCAGUGUUGGAACAUUUCCAGUUCUUGUCUUGAUUGUUAUACUUUCUGCAGGUUGUUUUGAGCUUAUAAUCACCCACCAGUGCAUGAGAGCUUUGAAACUCAAGAAGGGAUUUUUUAAUUAUUAUUAUUGAUAAGAGGUGCUUAUCUAUAAAGCGCCCUCUGCAUCUGUCUGUAUUUAUUUAUUUAUUCAUGCAUUUAUUUAUUUAUAGAUUAAGUAUCUGCAGUGCUUCUUGCCUUAGGAGCACUCACAAAGGAGCUUCCUAAACUUUUCUCACCUAGGAUAGAUGCUGCCAUGGUCUUCCUCCCAUCUACAGGACCACACAUCUCAGGACUGUGUGCGACCUCUGACUCUCCCACCCCAAUCAUGCUGGUGACAGUGGAUAUGUGUGCAUGUGGUCCAGAUCUGAUCAGCCACUACCAAGCCAGGCACUGGGACAGAAGAUGAGAUGGGUCAUGAAGAACUCUGAGUCUUUGAGCUAGAUCCUCCAGAAGAGAGUUGAAAACGGAAGGAGUUGGAAGGAAGACAAGGCCUGGGAAUGUGUGCACUUUGAUGCUCCUGACACUGUCUAAGAAUCCCUCAAGGAGGAAAGAUGAACUCAGGACCCCGUGGAUUUGUGCUUUUGUAAAGAUUGUUUGGACCCUUCCCCCAGCAGCUCCCAGUUUCUAUCCUUCGAUGCUCACAGCUGAAUUUUGCGUGUUACCUGCAGUGGGGGUAUCCUAGGGAUAUCCACCUACACUCCUCCAACUUUUGGUCUUGUAGCCUUUAUUUCUCUAAAGUAAUUUAAGCCCUCACCUUUAGCUUUCACUGCUUGACAAGGUCACAACACAAAUGCCUCUGGGAAAAUCUGGCUUCACUUCCCCUUUUCUGGCAUUUGAGUGUCUCCCCAAAGAGGUUCGUGGGAUACUGUUGUCAAAUUCUGGAGGGGCUUCUCUGGAUAGGAAUAAGAAGGUGAGUGCCCUCUCUUUCUAGGUUUCCCUUCGAUUCUGUUAAUAAAUCCCAGUGACAAGCUCUAAAAUCCCUGGCCUUGCCUCAGGGUUAUCUUUUUGUUAUUUUACUUUGUUUCUUUUUUUAAUUCUAGGUCACUUUUGCCUAGGGAUUAGGUCGUUUCCCCUCUUUUAACCCUGUACAACUUGGCAAAGAGUUAAGGAGGCAAGAGGAGAAUCAUUCUGCUCUGUUUUAUUUGAGCCUCAGCUUUGUCCAGGUGCUUGGUGCUAUGAGGCCAGGUGUGUUGACAGGUAUCUAUCUGCACGGGAUACCAGUGGCACCCAGAGGCUGCUGACUGUUCAGGGAAAUGUUUCCUUGAUUUUCUUCUUUAGUUUUCACCUGUUGUAGUUGCACUUCACUUGGGCUAUAACCUUUGAGUGCAAUUCAGUGUUUGCAUAAGGGAAAAGUCAUCAGGCAUGACACAAAAGCACAGAGAACUGCACCAAGGCUUUGGGCAUGAUGUGUGCUCUGCGUGGUGGGUGCAGGUGCUCCCUCCUUCCCGCUGCUUUUUGUCGCUCGGCCUGGCUUACAUUUGAAAGUCUGCAGAGGAGUCCUGGGAGGGAGGUGGAAAGCCAUUUACAGCUCCCUGAGAAAAACACCCUUGAGUUGGCAGCGUUUUUCUUCAGAAUAAAGUUGCUUAUUAUUAUUAUGUAAAUAAUGUGUGCAUUCUGCUCUCUGACCCUGAAGCCAGGUAGGAGAUCUCAGGGAGGCAGAUAGGACAGAGAGAAAAUACCUGUUAACUCUGUGGCGCAUUUUAGCAACUGCCGACAACAAAAAUGGCGACUUAUUCUGAUAACUCCUGGGGGCUUCUCCUGUCAGAACGAGGCUAUCACACUUGCUCCACGUUAACUUCAGGAUCGGCUAAACUUCUACUUGAUUGAGCCAAAGACGACUUCCGUUUCACAGGAUUUGGAACCAUGUUUAUUUGGAAAUACAGAGAGCUUUUCAUGAGCUACCUGGACCAUUUCUCACAUAGCCAUGUUGCCAUGAUUUUGUGGGAAAGGUGACCAUCACAGAUUUCUGUUAGUCUAGAGCAGUGUUUAAGGAUGGAACACUGAACAGCUACCACUGUGUUUUGAUGGGUAUGGAAGAUACCCUUAGGAUGGGAGAGAGAAGGCAAGAUGGAAUUGAUGGAAGGAAAUGAUAAAUUAUUGAGGAUUAAAUUUUAAAUUAAUGGCAGAUCUAAGCCGGUCAUGCCAAAAAAUAUAUAUUUUGUAUUUGCUGUACGGUAGUGCCAGUGUUACAAACGAACGUCCAACUUACAUACAACCUGUUAUGAGCCAACCCCCAUAAAGCCUAUUGUAUUAAAAAUUUGAGGUACCUACAAUGGUUCGUAAUAACAAGUGGGUUCUACUUCGUGACGUGCAUGAAAAUAUUAUUAUUACUGUAUUAUUAUGUUAAAGAUGUUUCAGUGUAUCUGGAAGUGUUUCUUUAAUUUUUUUAUGCGUAGAAAGGUACGCUAUAUACUAUAUACUAAGACAAACGUUUGACUGACUUUAGAUAUGAACUGUACCUGACUGUUCCGACUUAACGUACAAAUUCCACUUAAGGACAGACUUUGGAAUGUUCGAAUUCUGGGAACUGCCUGUAUUAGAUGCUAUAUGAAUUAAGUUUAGUCAUUUCCCUGAGGUCUCAGCCCAGGCCCUUGAAUUCUUGAGAACCCUAACACCACAGUCCAAAUCCAGGAUUUCAUAUAAACUCAAAUAAAAGCACAAAAUCUGGACCCAGGAAAUGGACUCUCAAGAUUCCUAGUUCUUCUCUUCCUGACCUUCUCAUAUUCACACCGAACAAAAAGGUUUUGUUUCUAUCCAAAAAGACAAGGUAGUGGAACAUUCUGGAAUGAAAUGUGGUUCUCUGGUCUGCCAGAAUUUUGUAUCUCUGGUUUUCUGAAUUUUACCAUUAGAGAGGGCUGUCCAAAGAGACGUUAGUAUGACCCAGCUAGACGCUGCCACCCAAAGCUAAAGGUGGAGAAAAAGAGGAAAUUAAGACUGAAAGUAAACUCCUCCGUUUUCCUGGGUAGCAAAAGGGCCACACAAAGUCAGGCCAUCUUGCAGAUUUAGCUCAUGCUGUAGUUGAAGUUUUUGUAAUGUUCCCUAUUGGCUGACUGUAGAUAACACACUGUUAGGUUCUGGGAGGCUGUUUACUACUUGAGAGCAGAGUGUUUUUGCAACACUCUAUUGACCCAAAACACAAGGUUCCCAACGUUUAGGUAAGGAGCCCUGGUGGUGCAAUGGUUAAGCACUCAGCUGCUAGCCAAAAGGUCAGCAGUUGGAACCCACCAGCCACCCCACAGGAGAACAGACCUGGCAGUCUGCUCCCAUAGAGAUUACAACCUGGGAAAUCCUGUGGGGCACGUUCUGCUCUAUUAUAUGGGGCUGCUGUGACUCGGAAUCUACCUGACAUCACACAAUAGUGCUGAGGUUAAAUGCUUUAUGUUUGGGGUGUACAGUUGUGGUAAUUCUUCCUUCUGUACUGUGUGUGCAGAAUACAACUUGGGUUCGUUUCCCAAAAGUGUGUGGGACGACAGAUCUUGUCCAAGAGUGGUGCACUUGGUGACCUGUAGAAUGAGACAGGGCGGAAGGAAAUCUGCUCCUGAGAGGCGAGCUUUCCCAAGUACACACUAAGUAGCUGUGUUAUGCCAAGAGACAACCAAUAGAAAUUAAUAACAUCGAGCCUCCAAGCUGACAGUAAGUUUGCUUUGUAUGGCAUGGAACAUAGUUGUCCCUUUAAAUUCCGCUAACUUUCUAGCACAUUUUGGUCCUCUGUCUUGGGCUGUCCCUGGUGUUCGCCACCACAGCUUUGUCACUCACAGUGUUGCCUUGGGACAACACUGAUUGAUAAGAAAUUUUAAUUGGCAACUUUACACUAAAUUCCAAACUAUACCCAACAGCUGUUUACUGCCCCCGAGAGACCUGCUAUCUCCUCGUCCUCUGGAUUCCCCAGCUUCCUACUGGAAAUAAUGGCUCUGCCCAGUGGUACCAUAUCUCUAAACUGGCCCUAACCCAGAAGAAUAUGUUACAAAACGGUAUUGCUUUUGCUCAAAUAGCACCAUCUUAGACACAGUAAAAAACAGUCUGAGAUAAAUUUCUGUGUUGUGGUAGAUACAGUGUUCUAGCAUUUUCUCCAACACAACUUGUUCUUAGGACUUUUCAAACUCAUUUCUAAGCAAAAUCCUUUAGAUGAAAUAGUUUCCUUUUCUAGGAGCUCAAUCCCACAGACUGUUGAGACAGGCCAUCAACAGUUGAGAGGCAUCUCCUAUCUCACGCCUUCUCAUCUCUUCUUGUCCCCUGGCCAUUCUCUGUCAUCUGAUUACUGUUAAUCACAAGAUGCUGGCCAGACUUAGAGUAGAAGGCACAUCUAUUCAAUGAAGACCAAGCACACUCUUAUCACAGUGGUUAUUGGUCUUUACUCUUCCCAAAUGCUUUCUUCUGUCACCCCUCACUCCCAAAGGUAGAAAUAUGACUGAUUGGAGCCCAGAACUUAGGGCCAAUACUUAAUUCAAAUGGCAGGGGUUUGCUGACAAGCUUUGAGCCCAGUAAGAAGCACAACACUUUGAAAAGUCAAAUAGGCCUCUGGUAGCUUUGUACAUUUGCCGUUUACAUGAUUAUAGCACUAAUAACGCUUGAGUCAUGAAUCUCUAGUAUCAGUGUGAUAAAUCUUAGAACAGACUUAGAACAGUCCUAAGAACAAGUGCUGUUACACUUACCAGCUUACACCCCAGUGGUAAUAAGUUUUAAAUACAGAUGACGUGUGCAUUAUUUGUGUUGUGUAUAUGCUAACUGUAAUAUCACUUAACGCACUGAUCAGCAAUCAGAAAAUGCAGAGAUUGCAGUAGUGAAAAUGAGUCUCGGUCAACUCAGAUGAUACAUGAAUCUGAUGAGUGCUCUACUGGAUAUUAUAUUUUGCCUUCUAUUGCUUGUUUUCUACCAUAAUGCAUGCUGUUUGGUAAGUUAAAAUAGAGCUAAUAAUAUCAAUUUUAAGGCUAGAUUGAAGUUUUGCAUAUAUGCUGCUUGAGAAGCUGAAAUGUAUUUUGUGGUUACCUUAUUCACACACAUACUUUGCUUGGCUUCCCCCACCCUCCCAGGAAAUCAUUGUUCGCAUAUAUUUCUCUCCUUUUUUCUUGUAACCUUGAUUAAACGGCUUAAUCCAACCUACAACAUUGUAAAGCCAGGAUACCUCAUUUUAACUGUGAAAAAAAAAUUGAAUCAGUGUGAUGAGAUGAUGUGUUCUGUUGUAUUUGAGUUUAUCUAAAUAGCUUUAAAACAUAAUAAACACAAAACUUUGGUAGGCACUUUUCCUUUGUUUGAAUGGGCAUUUUAUUAUGGGUCUACUUCUAAUUUUAUUGUAAAGAGCUAUCGCCUCAAAAAAUAAGAAACAAUAAAUUUUUAGGAAGAGCUAAAACUCAGCAUUUAUAUAACCCUUAUUAUCUAACGUUGGAUAAAGACCGUCUCGGCCACGUCUAGCGCAUUUUGCCAUUAACUAAACAUGCCUGCAGUCUCCAGGAUGAGUGGUACAUGGAAUGGGUAGACACCCUUGUCAUUCAGGCUGUCCCAGGCUUCAUCCUUAGCACUGCAGGUAUAGCCACUAGCCUUAGACUGGGUCCUGACAACAGCCAGAUUCUCACCUGACUGCCCUCUCUGGCCCACGUUACUUUGAAUGAUUGCCAAAUGCCAGGACACAGAAGAAUGCAGACAUUAUGCACUUGUGUGUACAAAUAAUAAGUAAGGAUGUCUUGC